AAGAGGGAAUUCUGAUUCCAACUGAAACAUUGGCUCUUCCCUGUCUGAUAGCCUUCAAACUGGGACCUCAACUCUUCCUGAUUUUACAGCACCUUUUGGCCUUAGGCUCAAACUGAGACAUCAGCUGUACAGAUUUUGGACUUGCCAGCCUUCUCCAUAACCAUUCACCUGCAGGACCAAAAUGAAGAGGAUAUCUGAGGACUACCAGUCCAGAUUGCCAGACAACACUGCCCUGAAGCAGCAGCAGUUGCCCGCCUACCGGCUCCAGCUCUCAGCCACUGGAGUCCUCUCUGGCUUCUUCGCCGCGGGAGCGUUCUGCCUCGGGAUGGGCAUCAUCCUCAUUCUGUCUGCAAAGAGUAUCAAGGAGAUAGAGGUCAAAUACACAAAAAUCUGUGCAAAUUGUGCAGAACUCCGAGAAGAUGCCACUAAUUUUGACAAAGAAUGCACCUGCUCUAUCCCCUUUUACCUUUCAGAGACAAUGAAGGGUAAUGUUUAUAUGUACUACAAAUUGUAUGGUUUCUAUCAGAAUCUCUAUCAAUAUAUUCUAUCCAGAAGUAAUAGCCAGCUGCUGGGUACAGACUUAAAGGAUGUUGGAAACUGUGCUCCAUUUAGCAACUCCCAUGAUGGGACCCCCAUAGCUCCUUGUGGUGCUAUUGCCAACAGCAUAUUCAAUGAUACUAUUAUUCUUUCAUACAACCUUAAUUCAUCUAUACCCAUCGAAGUCCCAAUGCUAAAAAGUAAAAUUACCUGGUGGACAGAUAAGUAUGUCAAGUUUCAGAAUCCAAGUUCCAUUAAUCUUUCUAGUGCAUUUGCAGGGACCACAAAGCCCCCAUACUGGUCUAAGCCUGUCUAUGAACUAGAUGAAGAGGAUCCAGGAAAUAAUGGCUUCCUCAAUGAUGACUUCAUCGUGUGGAUGCGGACAGCCGCCUUUCCCACUUUCAAAAAACUGUACCGUCGACUCAAUCGAAUACAGUACUUUAUUGAAGGCUUGCCUGCUGGUAACUAUAGUUUCAACAUUACCUACAAUUUUCCGGUAACCAGGUUCAAAGGAGAAAAAUCAGUUGUUCUUUCCACCUUGACAUGGAGCGGAGGCAGCAGCCUUUUUUUAGGUCUCGCCUACACAGUGACAGGAGCAGUAACAUGGUUGGCCGCCUUUUCCAUGAUGGCCAUUCACCUGAUGCUGAAAAAAAAGAAAAUGCUCUUCAUCCAGGACUAAAGUCAAGUUUUAAGAAGAAAAGCAGAAAACAAAGAAAUUGACAAUGAAGUAACUAAGAGAGUCAAAGAUUUCUGACAAGGCUCAAAAUGACGAGGAUAUUUUAUCAAGGGGAACUGGAUUGACUGACCAAGUACAAUCCCAGAUAAAUAAACAAUGAGAAAUUCAGAGUUUGAGGAGGGAGAAAGGGUAGAAGGGGAGAAGGAGAAGGCAUAGUCAUGUAUAGUAAAAUGUCCUUGGAAUGGGGAAGAUAAAUCAUCCUUGAAUUCUGAA